GCACAGUAUGUGCAUCGCAGAGUGCUCUGUUAAAAGGGGAAGAAAAGGAAUCUGUAGGGUUUGCCUAAAUAAAAGCAAUCGGAUGGUGGAUAUCUUUGUCAAAAAAUCCAAACCCGGCGUUCCUAUUACGGAUUUGAUCCUCCAGUGCACCGGAAAUACUGUCAACAAGGACGCUUCAUAUCCUAACUACAUAUGCAUAUCGUGCCUGGGAGAUGCCGAAGAUGCCUUUGAGAUUAUAGAAAUAUUCAAGCGAAACCAUCGGAUCUUCUGCCAAUUGAAGGAACAGCAGGAUCGUGAGGAGGACAUACCAGAAAAAGAGGCUGGAAAGCAGAAAGACUUUGCAGAUGAUAUCCUAACUAUAGACCUAAUUUCGGAGAAAAGUAAUGGCUCCAACUCAGAGGCGGAUGAUUGCCCAGUGUGGAAUGAGGCAAUCGAGGAAUAUACAGAAAAAGAGUUUGAAAAACUCUCCGAAGGCAAUAAUGACACCGAAAGUAAUGACUAUGAUAUCUUUGUCAAGGAAGAUGAAGAGCCACAGGAGAAGGAAGAUACCAUAUCAGAAGGCAUUACUAUUUCGGACGAAGAUGAAGAUGAAUCCGAGUUCAGGUGCUUCUACUGUCCCAAAAUUUUCAAAACGAAAAUAGGUCUAAUAAGACAUAAUAUACUCCACUCUGAUGAACUACCAUUCAAGUGCGCCCACUGCCCCAAAUCGUUUCGCAGAAAGGCUAACCAUAAGGAGCACUUGCUGACCCACACCAAAGAGCGUCAGUUGCAAUGUAACCUUUGUCCCAGAACGUUUUUGAGAAUCAGAUAUCUGGAGGAGCACCUCCUGAGCCACAGUGGGGAACGACCCCACAAGUGUGAAGCUUGCAAAAAGUGUUUCCGCCGCGUUAGGGAUCUUAAAAGACACCAUGUGGAGACUCACAUAAAGGAGCGCCCCUUCCAGUGUCCGGACUGCAUGAAAACUUUUAGCAGAAACGCAAUCCUCACUCUCCACAUGCAACUCCACUGUAAGAAAAGAGUGACUAAAAAAAAGAAGUAGAAACAUAUAUGUACCAAUAGAAUCUCAAUUUUUAACAUUAAGGAAUGUUAAGUUGUAAUUAAUAAAAACCGGAAUUAUAUUUUAA